UAGGCAUAUGUCACAUUCUCCAUCCAACAUGCACGCCAUUCGCUGAACCCUGCCUACUACCAUCACUACCUUCAACAGAGACGUGCCCCGCAUGUCUGCAAGCAAUGCUCCUCAACCAGUGAGACUAUCACUGCCCUUGGAGUACCAGCAACAUCUUUUCCAAGAGCUCCGAGCGGAAGAUGAACUCGUCGUGAUUGCGAAGGGCCUCGGCCUUAUGCGCCUGGUUACAAAUCUCCUCCACAGCUAUGACGCCGCCGGCAAUAACCUCGUUAUAAUCGUUGGUGCCGAUGAUAGGGAGAAUGCCUGGAUUGGAGAGGCACUGGCGGAGCAUGCUGCCAUUAGCAUGGCACCAAAGGCCAGGGGUCUGACAGUCGUCAACACCGAUUUUACCAGCGUUGCUGCGCGAGAGAAAAUGUAUGCCAAGGGCGGCAUCUAUAGCAUCACGUCGCGAAUCCUCGUCGUCGACCUCUUGACUGGCCUGCUCAGGACAGAGAGCAUCACCGGCAUCAUCUUACUACAUGCCGACAAAGUUGUUGCUACCGCUUUGGAAGCCUUCAUCCUUCGCAUAUACCGCCAGAAAAACAAGACGGGCUUUCUUAAAGCCUUCUCUGAUAACCCCGAGUCGUUUACCAUUGGGUUCUCCCCUUUAGCUACAAUGAUGCGAAACAUGUUUUUGCGCAAGGCAUCCCUAUGGCCUCGUUUCCAUAUGACCGUCGCCACGUCUCUAGAGGGGAAAAAGAAGGCCGAGGUAAUCGAGCUUGAAGUUCCCAUGACUGAUGACAUGAACGCGAUACAACAAGCCAUCAUGGAGUGUGUUGAAGUAAGCAUUCAUGAACUUAAAAAGGGAAACAGCGGUCUGGAGAUGGAUGACUGGAAUCUCGAUAGCGCUUUACUGAAGAAUUUCGAUGUCAUGGUUCGCCGCCAACUGGAUCCCAACUGGCAUCGGGUAAGCUGGAAGACGAAGCAAAUAGUCGGUGACUUGACUGUUCUUCGAGGCUUGUUGCAUUCUGUAUUAGCGCUUGAUGCUGUGUCAUUCCUCCAACAAUUAGAUACUAUUCAUGCGGCGCAUUCGCCACAGCCUGGCUCAACGAGGCAAAACCAGUCACCUUGGUUAUUCCUUGACGCUGCAAAUACUAUCUUCAGCACUGCCAAGCAACGAGUUUAUGCUGCUAAUAAGGCAAACGUGAAUGCCCGGAGUUCAGUUGACUCCCUCCGCCCUGUGCUCGAAGAGCAACCAAAGUGGGCCCUCUUAGCCGAGAUCCUCGAGGAGAUUGACCGAGAUCUCUACUUCGAGCCCGCGAUUCGUGGUGACUCUAACCAAACAAUUUUAAUCAUGUGUUCUGAUACGGCAACCUGCCGCCAACUCCGAGAUUAUCUGCAGACCAUGCACGUACAGCCGAAAACAGACGAAAACCCAAACCUAAAGAAAGAAGACCACAAACCCUCCGCUUCCUUCAUGAUGAGGAGAAAACUCCGCAAUUAUCUUAAUUGGAAACGCGAGUUCGCCAAGGUGAACAACGAGUUAUUUUCCGAGAAUCAGAAAGCUUUGGAGAGUGCAGUCGAUCCGAGAUUAGCUCGAGGCGGCUAUAAAGGCAGGGCACCCGCAAACAAGAGGCGGCGAAUACGGGGUGGUGGCGUAGUGGGUUCUAAUGCACCGAGUCGGACAGCCGAUGGAAGUGUUGCACAAUAUUUUGAGAAACCUGCCGAGGUGGCGGAUCUGAUGGAAGAAGUACAGAUGCUAGAGGAAGAAGCGGGACAGAAAGCAGAGAUAAUCGCCGAUCCUCUCGAGGAUAUGGAUGAUUAUUUCGAACUCUAUGAUAUGCAGGACCUGGUCGUGAUACACGCCUACGAUGGUGACCAAGAUGAACAUGUCCUUGAAGAGAUCAGGCCCCGUUACAUUAUCAUGUACGAGCCAGAUGCUUCAUUCAUACGGCGAGUUGAAGUUUAUCGAUCUUCACAUAAUGACCGGAACGUUCGGGUAUAUUUCAUGUUCUACGGUAGUUCUGUUGAGGAACAACGUUAUCUUGCGUCAGUUCGGCGGGAGAAGGAUUGCUUCACGAAGCUCAUCAAAGAGCGUGCUAGCAUGUCUGUCGUCAUGACCGUUGAUGCACAUGGCGUAGAAGACCCCCAAGAAGCGUUCUUACGAACAGUCAACACGCGAAUAGCUGGCGGUGGGCGCUUGACCGCAACAGCUGAGCAGCCGAGGGUUGUUGUCGACGUACGAGAAUUCCGCUCCUCAUUGCCAUCACUACUCCAUGGCCGCAACCUGAAUGUCAUACCUUGCAUGCUGACCGUUGCGGACUACAUUCUAUCACCUAACAUUUGUAUCGAGCGUAAGUCUAUCAGCGAUCUCAUCAGCUCAUUUAAGGACGGACGGCUAUACAACCAAGCGGAGACCAUGUUCCAACAUUACAAGAACCCUAUGCUAUUAAUUGAGUUUGACCAAAACAAGUCAUUUACGUUGGAGCCAUUUGCCGACUUGUCAGGGAAUAUGCGGUCCGUCAACCCGAACGAGGCGCCCUCGGAUCUUCAGUCAAAAAUCGUGCUGCUCACCCUCGCGUUUCCGCGUCUCCGUAUUAUCUGGAGCAGCAGUCCUUACCAGACGGCCGAAAUCUUUGAGAAUCUUAAGACGCAGGAGCCCGAACCUGAUCCUAUCGCCGCCGUGCGUGCGGGGCUCGACAAGGAUAUGAAGGCGGAAGACCAGGCGUUCAACCUCGAGCCUCAGGAGAUGUUGGGUGUUGUCCCCGGCGUGACCCCUCAGAACCUCAAGAAUCUCAUCCUAGAGACAGAGAAUAUACGAGACGUCGCCAAUAUGACAAUUGAAGAGCUAGAUGCCCUGAUUGGCAAGGAAGCAGCGAGGAAGGUUCAUGGCUUUUUCAAUCGGAAUCUCAUCGAUUUAGAUUUGUGAAUACCUAGACUGGGUUUCCAGAGUUGAAAUGAGGAGACGUGGUGAAAAUAUAAAGAUGUUAGUAUGGAAAAUAUCAUAAUGUAGUAUAACUAAGCGCAUCGUGAGAUUAUAGUCAUAAUGAACUAGCUGUUCAGUACGAGUUCCCGAUCUUCUUACAUAGUUCCACCUCUAAUGUCACGACUUGAG